AGGAGCUGCGGGAGCAGCCGUCCCGCGGCGCUGGGGGCGGCGGGAGGGGCGGCAGCUCAGGAAGUGACACGGCGGGGCGGGGCGGCGGCAUGGCCGGGGACGGGUGCUGAGUGGCACCGGCAGCGGGACCGGCCCGCAGAAGCCAGGUUGGGGGAUGCCUCUGAAGAAGCUGCUGCUGCUGCUUCCGUAAUUGCUGGUGGCCACUGCUCAGCUCUGCAGAAACCUUAUCCCUGCGGACUGGCUGCCUCAAGUUCCACCACCUGGAGAUUGAGGCUGCAGCAGCUGACAUGGAUUUUCUCUUGAUCUGCCCCUUUGUGCUGGUGCUGCUGCUGUCCCGGGGCAGCUUUGCAGAUCUGGAAAAGCAGAAGGUGGACUCUGGCUUGGAAAUCUAUAAGAAGCUGUUUGAGGUGAAGCGCAAGGACCAGAUGAACGCGCUGAAGAACCUGAUCGAGCUCAAUGACAUCAACCAGCAGUACAAAAUCAUUGACAUCAUGCUCAAGGGACUCUUCAAAGUAUUGGAGGACUCCCGGGCUGUGCUCAUCGCUGCUGACGUGCCUCCCGAUGGGCCUUUCCCUCAGGAUGAGAAGAUAAAGGAUGCGUAUUCCCACGUGAUAGAGAACACCGCUUUCUUUGGGGAUGUCGUCCUGCGCUUUCCCAAGAUCGUGCACCACUACUUUGACCGCAACUCCAACUGGAACAGCCUCAUCCGUUGGGGCAUCGGCUUCUGCAACCUGACGGGUGUAUUUGAGCAGGGACCCCACUCCCAAGUCCUGGGGCUGAUGGCUCAGGAACUGGGCAUCAGUGAGAAAUCACCUGAUUACCACAAUCCCUUUAAAACGGACCAUUCUGAGUUUUUCCCCAGUGCUGACACCUUCCAGAAGGCACUGCGGGAGGAGGAGAAGCGGCGGAAGAAAGAGGAGAAGCGGAAGGAGAUACGCAAGGGCCCGCGCAUCUCGCGCUCGCAAUCGGAGCUGUAGUGUGCGGGGGCUUGCACCUCGCUGUGGGGGCAGCGCUGCUGCGAUGCGGAGCUGCUCACUUCCUCUCAGCGGCCUUGGGCCAAUGCCUGGCGGUCCCCUUUCCAUUUGUGCCGUGGAUUUUGUUUUGUUGCCUUUCCCUUUCGUUCAUGAGGAGCCGGGUGGUGGUGCUGGUGGGUUGCCCCAAUGGGGCUGGUGGGAGCUGAAGCAAGAUAGCCCUUCCCCAGAGACAAAGCACAGACAGGAAAGCAGUGGGGCCAUCGCCUGGGCUGGUCAGAACGCUGCCACUCGUUGUGGGGUGGAACGAGGGGGACACACUGUGGCUGAGCCUCACGGGGAGCCAAGGAAGCCCUCCCUUAUGCAGCACACAGUGCCCGCGCUGAACCUGCCUCCUCCGUCAUGGGUGGGCUGGAGAGCGCGUCAUGCCAAACAGCCUCAUGAGCAAUGCUGCUUCUCUCAGUUUUGGGGUUGGUUUUGUUUUCUGUUUGGUUUUUCCUUAUUUUCUAAACCGGUGAUCUCAUUGGCACACACACACACACUCACACACCCCCCACCCGGUUAUGACCUGGUCUCUGCUCAGCCACUACCUCUGCCGGAUCAGCUCUCCCCUCUUCCCAACGGCUGUUUUACCAAGCAACACACAUCUCAUCAGUCAGCCGUAGUUGAAAGCCCGAUGGUGCUGGUUUCUGGCUCAACAGCAUCCUGCUCUCCCACGUGGCUGCCACAGCACAUUCCCACAGGGAGGCAAACAUGCAGGGAGUAUUGGGGAAGGAGGGAUUUCAACUUUUGGCCCUCUUGGGAGACAAGGUGUGCCUGUAACGCCAGCUGAAGGAAGCAGCCGUGUACCCUGUGAGCCCGACCUGCACCCCAUGCCCUGCCCCAUCCUUCCAGUGUUUGGCUGAUCUUCUCAUUGAGUCCCUCACCCUCCCUUCUCAGGGGGUCAAGUGUGUGGGUACAGCAGGGCUGCGACCCUCUGUGGGGCAUCUAGGCUGCAGUGGGAGCAGAGGUGAGGUGCUGGCACAGCCACCCCGCCUUUUCUCAUGGUUGCUGAUGAAGCCGCACCAGUGGAGGUUCUCGCCUCCAUCCCUGAAAAAUAGGUGUUGGGCAUGUGGGGCGCUGGGAUGGGGUCACCACUACCUUUGGGAAAGGGGGAAAUGUCCUUAAUUUUAACUGUGGAGCCAGGUCCAUCUGACCAGGGGGUGGCAAUGUGCGCGUGUUUUAUUUUUCUUGAAUAAA